AAAUAGUUUUGUCUCUUCUUUGCAGCUGCCUUUCUCAUUGCUUAUUUGGUGCUUCAGCUUUUGAUUGGUAAACCAAUGUAUUUUAUGGAAUUAGUAAUGGGACAAUACUCAGCAAAGGGUCCAACAGGUGUUUGGGACAUGAAUCCAAGUGCAAAAGGAAUUGGAAUCUCCAUGGCGAUUAUCUCCCUCUUUGUUGCCAUUUAUUACAACGUCAUCAUGGCGUAUACAUUAUUUUAUUUCUUCGCCUCGAUGCAAUCAACAUUACCAUGGUCUAGCUGUGAUAGUUUUAUCAACAGAACAACAAAGAGUUGUGUCUCAGAGAGACUAAUGUGUACAGGAAAUGUAACCCUUGACAAAGCCGGUUGUAUAUGCAACGAAGCCCUAAAUGAACCUGGUUACAAUGUCUCUUGUGUCAACAGCACAAACUUCAUGACAGCCCCAGCUCUUUAUUUCGAUUUAGAGGUCACCGAGAAAUCUAUCGGCCUGGAACCAGAAAAUAUUGGCAUCCCACUUUGGCGUUUGUCACUGUGUUUACUGUUAUCGUGGAUAAUUGUUGUGGCUUGUUUAUAUAAAGGUGUAAAAUCGUCAGGAAAGGUGGUGUAUUUCACAGCAACAUUUCCUUAUAUCAUUCUUCUGAUUCUCUUAGUCCGUGGAUGUACGAUGCCUGGAGCCAUUAAAGGCAUAAAAAAGUUUAUAAUUCCAGACUGGAACAAAUUUACUGAUUUAUCGAUGUGGGUGGAUGCUGCAGGUCAAAUGUUCUUCUCGCUCAGCGUGUGUUUUGGAGGGAUUAUCAUGUUUGGGAGUUUCAACAAGUUUAAAAAUAAUAUUUAUAUAGACUCUCUCAUCAUCAGUGUGAUGGAUCUGGUGACCAGCAUCAUCGCAGGUUUUGUCAUCUUCAGUGUUUUAGGGGGUUUAUCGACAGAAUCCAAUGUGGAAAUCGACAAUUUAGCCAAAGGAGGUUUCGAGUUGGCCUUCGUCGUGUAUCCUGAAGCUUUGGCGCGUCUUCCGAUUCCUCAACUUUGGUCAAUUCUUUUCUUUUUCAUGUUAUUCACACUAGGACUGGACAGUGAGUUUGCUCUGCUUGAGACGGUCCUCACGUGCCUUCAGGACGAGUAUCCGAAACUUCGAAAAUACAAAGCAAUCCUUUGUGUGGGCUUUGGUAUUUGUUGUUUCUUUUUUGCCUUACCAUGCGUCUGCCCUGGUGGAACCUAUGUCGUCUCUCUUCUUGAUGGGUAUGCUGCUGAUUUUUCAGUGCUCUGUGUAGCAGCAUGCGAGCUAAUUGCUGUCAUGUGGGUUUAUGGUUCACGGAGAUUGAUGAACGACAUUCAAUACAUGAUCGGAUACACCCCACACCCAGUUGUCUUCUGGAUCUUUUGUUGGACUAUUUGUGCUCCAAUUCUCAUUUCAAUGCUUUUUGUUUACCGGAUGAUCCGGUACAAACCUCCUAAAUACGAUAAUGGUGAGGUUUAUCCGGAAUUUGCCCAGAGUAUUGGUUGGCUCUUAUCCGCUUUGUGUUUAUGCCCGAUACCACUUUACUUCAUUUAUAGGUUUUGCUUGGAACCUGGAAGUAUUAUACAACGAUUACAACGAAUUACUACACCUACAGAAAACUGGGGACCUGCUGAGAAAGCUAAGAAAGCUAAGAAAGACAUAGAACACGAAAUGAGUGGAAUGGAUAAUAAAGCAUUUACCUGACGGGAAAUCUUAAUUUUUUACGAAUCUCAUCUCAGGAUCUGCCAUUUGCAGGAUUUAUUUUUUAAGUUUAUUUCUUAGUUUUCGUAUUUUAUUACCAAAAGAAAUUUGAAGCUAAGGAAUGAACCUCGAAAACACAAAGUACAUUUUGCUAAAAUAUCACAUCUUAUAUUAAUAAUUCCUGUGUUUAUAAUUUUUUAUAAUGUACAUUUUAAUUGUAUUUUAUUUUUCAUAUUUUUUUUUUCUAUCUUUAAACAAUUCUUUGACGGUUUUUACUAUUCCAAAUGUUUUUAAUGAGAAAUAUCUUCAGAAUGAUUAAAUGCAGCGAUAAGGAGAAAAAACCAAUAUGGUGUUAGUAAACGUUGUCUAUCGCGAUCAACAAGGAAAGAGAACUCCAAACGUUGGUGAAAUCCCUUAUGGGGUCUCGUUAACGAAGUUACACCUUUCGCUGUUAUAACUACACUUCUAUUUGGAGAUGUUCAUAAAAAAGUCAUUAAUUGGAAAUGAGAUUAAUUUCUAUUUUAAUUAUAAAAGGUCGUUGACCACAUAUUUAAGUAAUAAAAAUAUAAAUUUCAUUAUUUUUAA